UGCAGUCCCGCAAACUGAAGGAGACUUAAUGACUCUCUUUUUUCUUGUUCAUCUCUGGAAUAUCAGAAAAGUUUGAUCUCAGAGUCUGCUGUAGCUUUAAUUGCUAUGAGCUGUUUUUAAAAGAAACGGUGUCUUUUCUGUAAAUAGAUUUUAUAUUUUUUUCGUGAACUAACGAUGGAGUAGUUGCGCGUCGGUCACAUUUUCAUAGUGGCGCAUAGGAACUGCGUCUUUAGCACACCAUGGAUUACAGACGCACUAAAGGAGCGCUUUUUUCUCUUAUUGUCUGCAUAUGUUUUAGUCUUCCUAAUGGUUCCAGAGGAGAGAUCCCACCGAAACCCACAGCAGGGGUCACGAUCCUGCCUCCGGUUCAGCCUGAUGAGCCGCAGGCUUAUCCAGAGGAUGAAUAUCCAAAUUUACCUGUGUUCACUAUGGACUAUACAAGAAUACAGAUCCCGUUUGAAAUCACCUUAUGGAUGCUGCUUGCUUCAUUCGCAAAAAUUGGUUUUCAUGUUUACCACAAGAUCACCAUCUGGGUGCCGGAGUCUUGCCUUCUUAUAAGCAUUGGUCUGAUAGUUGGAGCCAUCAUGCACUCAGUCCACGAGACACCCCCAGCUGUUCUCACCAGCAAUGUCUUCUUCCUAUACAUGCUUCCUCCUAUUGUUCUUGACUCGGGCUACUUCAUGCCCACCAGACCUUUCUUUGAAAACAUUGGGACAGUGUUGUGGUUUGCUGUGGUGGGGACCCUGUGGAACAGCAUCGGCAUCGGCAUGUCCCUGUACGCCAUCUGCCAGAUCGAGGCUUUCAACGUGCAGGACAUCAGCCUUCAGGAGAACCUGCUGUUUGCAGCCAUCAUCUCGGCCGUGGACCCUGUGGCAGUUCUCAAUGUGUUUGAGGAUGUUUCUGUAAACGAGCAGCUCUAUAUUGUGGUGUUUGGAGAGUGUCUCUUCAACGAUGCUGUCACUGUUGUGCUGUACAACAUGUUCACCUUUGUGGCAGAGAUGCCAACCGUGCAACCUGUAGACGUGUUCUUAGGAGUGGGGAGGUUCUUCGUGGUAGGCCUUGGGGGGAUGGGUUUCGGCAUCCUUUUUGGUUUUGUGGCCGCCUUCACGACCAGAUUCACUUCCAAGGUCAGAGAAAUAGAGCCCCUCUUCAUCUUCAUGUACAGCUACCUGGCCUAUCUGGUGGCUGAGCUCUUUGCCAUCUCCUCCAUCAUGGCCAUUGUUUGCUGUGCCCUCACCAUGAAGUAUUACGUUGAGGAGAACGUUUCCCAGCGUUCUUGUACAACCAUCCGACAUUUGGUCAAGAUGCUUGGCUCCAUUUCAGAGACCCUGAUCUUCUUCUUCCUGGGCGUCGUCACCAUAACGACCGAGCAUGAGUGGAACUGGGGCUACAUCCUCUUUACGCUGCUGUUUGCCUUUUUAUGGAGAGGUCUGGGCAUUUUGGUGCUGACUCAGAUCAUUAACCCUUUCCGAACAAUCUCCUUCAACAUGAAGGAUCAGUUCGGUUUGGCCUAUGGAGGACUGCGGGGUGCCAUUUCGUUCGCUCUGGCCUUCACACUUCCUGAAAACAUUGGCCGAAAGCAGCUAUUUGUCACUGCCACUAUCGCAAUUAUUCUCUUCACAGUGUUUCUUCAGGGAAUCAGUAUUCGACCGCUGAUUGAGUUCAUCAAUGUACGCAGAACCAACCGCAAUUUGGACACCAUCAAUGUAGAGAUCCACUGCAGGGUCAUGGAGCACACGAUGGCAGGAAUAGAGGAUCUCUGUGGGCAGUGGAGUCAUUUCUAUUGGAAGGACAAGUUCAUGAGGUUCAACAACCGAAUACUUCGUCGGAUACUUAUUCGAGACGCCAGGGCGGAAUCCAGUAUCGUGGCGCUGUACAAGAAGCUGGAGCUGCAGAAUGCCAUAGAGGUCCUGGACACAGUGUCUGGAGAAAUCAGCGCUGCUCCGUCCGUCAUCUCCCUCCAGGAGGAGCAGAAGGAAUCUUCUAAACAGAAGAUGAGUUUAAUGACUGAGGACCUUAAAAACAUGCAUAAAAUUCUGUCCAAAAAUAUGUACAAGAUCCGGCAGCGGACUGUGGCAUUCACAAGUAAGCACGCUCUGCCCAAUGACAGCCAGCCCAGAGAGAUCCUGAUUCGACGCCACGCCAGCAUCCGGCGAAGCCUCCGUCCUGGCAGCUUUCAGUCCACGAUGGUUCCAAAGUCUCAGAAAUAUUUUUCACUUCCUGCUGGACAGAGUUUAGGGUCAAAAUAUCCUUCCUCUCGACUGAGUCAUGCAG